UUUCAAUCCCGUGUUUCGGUAGUGUGCCUUCGGUGGUGUCGUCGUGCGCUGCUGGCUGUCUGUGGCGUUUUCUAACACGCACAUUGUCAUGCGGUGAGUGUGGUGAUUUUUCCCAUCAUUCAUUCGUUUUUUCAAAAAUGGCCGAGUAGGUAGUGUCGAGCGAGUGCUCAUCAUCGCAGUCCAUAAUAUCAAGCCCACGGAGUGCACUUUUCUAGCCCUUUAGCCCGUUUUUCCCGUUUCCUAGGUAGUGUGGUGGAAGUUUUGGACUUUUCCAAAGGUUUGAGAUAGUUUUUACUUUUGUUUCCCCGACGACGACGACGACGGAAGUUGCCUCCUGUUCGUGUGCCUGAAGUUUGUGCCGAGAAGAGAAAAAAGAAAAAUCCGUUUCGCUGCCCCAAGAGUGUGUGAAGUGUGAGAAAAGCAAAAGGAAAAACAGUAGCAGCAACGAGUCGCCUUUACAUUUUCCAUUCAUUGCAUUAUUGGUUGUUACAUGGUGAAAAAUAACCCACUGAAUAGUGUAGUGUAGGACAAAGAGAAGUGAGUGUAUGCAUAAGAGUACGCAGGCUAAAAUAAAUCACAGUGCUAACUCGAUACACAGUGUUCUGUUGUGAAUAAUCAGUUGUCGAUUCGUAUGUGUAUGAAGUUCUGAAUACAAGAAAAGUAGGAAAAAGCGACCCGCAAACUCUAGCGGAUCGUGGAAGACUUAUAGACGAAGAAAAGUGAUUGUAGCAGAAAAGAAAGAAGCGAAAGAAGAAAACGCAAGAGUGAGAGUGAGGGAGGAAGUAACGAAAAAAUACUAGCCGCUCGGAAGAGCACCCAUAUUUAUGUAUUGCAGUAACCAGAGUAGUAUGGCUACUCUGUUACAGCAGAAGAGUUUUAUGAAAAAUUUGACCAAUGGAACAAACAACGUGGUGGUCGUAAAUGGCACCAACGAGAACCAAACGACGACAAUGGUGGCGGCCGCGGCUACCACAAUGGCCACCGUUCCUGGCAGUGCCAGCCGGAUGCUACUGCCACACGAGACGACCACCCUAAUCCAUCAGCAACCGUUGAUUCAUCAGCAAACAACCAUCAACAAUUCGUUCACCUCGACGCAUUCGCCUGCCUCUAGCUCGAUCAGUUUAAACUCGAGCAGCUUCAAUAGCCAAUUUAUCAGUCAUCUCCAGAGCAAUCAUCAUCUGUCGUCGCAGCAGUUAUUCGGCAGCAACAGUAGUCAUCAGCAUAUUGUGACCACGACUGCCACACCCACCACUUCCUUUCAAAGUCAGUUCAACAAUGCCUACGUAGACGUCAAUGCAAUAUUUCGUCCAGCAGCAUCACCCACCACCACUAGCACCGCUACAAUGCAGCAAACCUUUUCGUCAACUCAUCAUCCGCUGCCACAUAUAACGAAUAACAAUAGCAGCUCCUUAGUGUAUAUAAAUGGGACCCAACACAGCUCGGCGACCGUGCUGACAAAGUCGUUGUCGUCAGAACUUCAUUCUCAUCAUCAACAGACUGUAUCCGAGAGCCAGACUGCCAAUACCACCGAUUCCGCACGGUCCACAGCGGCUUCCGACGGAUACGGUGAAUGUGGAAACGGGACAGAUGAACAACCUGCCACUGCCACUGAUGCGACGGAUGGAGGAAGCCUCGAUGCAAAAUCCGGUGCCGUCGUUCCCGCCAGCGAAAAGGAAGAUGACCAAGAGCAGGAAGCGGAACCCGAGAUCGACAUUGUCAUCAACAAUGUGGUCUGCUCGUUCAGCGUGCGCUGUCAUCUGAACCUCCGUGAUAUCGCACUCAAAGGUUUCAACGUGGAAUUCCGUCGCGAGAACGGAAUGGUGACGAUGAAACUGCGGCGUCCAUACACGACCGCGUCCAUAUGGUCCUCGGGCAAAAUUACCUGCACUGGUGCUACAUCGGAAGAUCAGGCAAAGGUUGCGGCCCGGCGUUACUCGCGUUGCCUUCAGAAACUAGGUUUUAAUGUUAGGUUUAGGAAUUUCCGAAUCGUGAACGUGCUGGGGACGUGCAGUAUGCCGUGGGGCAUCAUGAUCGUCAACUUCUCCGAAAAGUACAAGAAGGAUGCCAGCUACGAGCCGGAACUGCACCCGGGUGUCACGUACAAACUGUACAACCCGAAAGCGACGCUGAAGAUCUUCUCCACCGGCAGCAUCACAGUGACGGCCGCCAGCGUUGCAUUCGUGCAGGCCGCGAUCGAGCACAUCUUCCCGCUGGUGUACGAAUUCCGAAAGAAGCGUACCCCGCAGGAGAAGAUAGAGAUGCUGAAACAGCCCGUGUUCGAUCCGGAACUGUUGAUCGAGGAAGAAUGUGAUAUCGAGUCGACUACCGUUUAUCCCGCUGGAGAGCAGCGAGAUGGCGGCGACGACGACGAUGUGGACGCGUACGAUGACGACGAGGACGUGCCCAUCAACCCUAAUGACACCAAAGCAAUUAACCACCUGCGAAGAAAUAGUCGUCGACUGUGCAAGUCCCGCUAUAGCAGCUUACGAAACGGUGGUCGGCGGCGUCCAUCCGGCAAGGCAGAUAACGACCCCACCGAGGACGCGAUGAUCGUGUCGGAUGACGACGACGAUGUCGAGGAGAUCGAGAGUGACGAUGAGUAGAGAGAUCAUGCAUAAUGCAUAUAGUAGAUUCCUAUUUUCCUCUGGCUUUACUCAACUUGUUUCUUACCCAUGUUCAGGAACCUUCCUGGGCAUUUAACGAAACCUAGUAAUAUUCGUUUUCUUUAUUACGUUUCAUCCAUAUUUUUUCUAUUGUUUUCUAAUAGAAAAAUUGUGGUUUCAUGUGAGGAACACUGGUCAUAGACAACACAAACACAUACAUACACACAACAUUGAGCAAUGGAGCAAGCCUGUCCUAGAAGCACAUUUACCUUAAAAACCUACAACAAAUCCUGUGAAUAAUUACGAUUAUGUAUAAAACAAAUAGCCAGCAUGGAAUCGAAAUUAUUCAGUUUCGUGAAUGUGUUGCGCCAAAAUAGGGUAGCCUUAUUUUAAAGUAAUGUUACGCGUAAGUAAGGUGUUGCCACACGAUACUCGGAGUCAGUAGCGCACUGUUCAAACAGUUAUCAUCAUACUCUCAUUCGACACCGUCUGGUCAGUGCGAGUCAAUUGCCGCAGCACGCGAAAUGCGUUGCGUGUGUGUUUGCAAUUAGGAUGUUCGUGAUUCUGGAAGAGACAUUACCAGAAGAUGAUUUAAGAAUAACGAAAUAAGAGAGAUCCUCGUUCGCCAAUGCGUUGAGAUAUUUACGAUUUUUUGUUGCUUGUACAUUACACCGAAAGCUGCUGUAUCGAUUCUGUUUUAUCCAUUGUGACACUGUCGUUCAGUUGAGUCUCAAAAAAUGAAUCGUACGAAAUAAAAGGGUUCCUGCAAAAUGUAAUGUGCACGAAAUAUGGUGUUGUUUCACCAAACGAGCUGCGUUCCUAUAAACAACAGAAACAAACACUGAAGAAUCACCGAUCGGAGAACGUGACGACAAACGCACGGGCAUUAAUCACAUCAAACUACUACUAAAAUUACCACUAUCAUAUUAUACUAGGGAUAUUGGUAUAUAGCGUUGGACGGAAGGUGGUCCCAUAUAUCAUGUUCCGAUUCAGACCAAAAACAAAAAGAGAGAGAGCAGUAAACGAUUGAUAUUUCCAGCGCCACCGACGUUUUUUUAUUUCGAAUCAAAUCUUGUAGAUAUUUGUAUUUAUUUUAGAUCAAGUUAUAAAACAAACAUCGAGCGCACGAGCGUUGUGCUGUUGGAAUCAUUGUGUCGUCCCCUUCGCUUCACUCUUAUUUGUCAGAAUUUUGAUCUACGUUUCAAUUACGUUGUUUUGUUAAUCUAUCCUGUUUUCUUUUAGGUCUUUAAUUUUCUUCUACAAUUUUUAUGCGAAAUCCAAAUUAGAAGUAGUGGUGAGAGAGAAUAUUAUGUUGCAAUCGUGAUGAGCACCACGUCAAAACAGAAAGCUAGCGCUAAAUCAAGUAAUGUGUAGGUUGUAGAAAUGAGCGCGACUACAAAAGAAACUUAAAACUUAUGUUUUUUUUUUAUUGUUUUGUUUGAAAUUGCUUUCCAGUGGUACACGUUGUUAUACAAUGAUGUACGAGAAAUUUUUGUUUAGUUUUCAGAAUGAUUAAAGAAAAUCUAUCGAAUAGUAUCAUGUUAUAAUUGUAAUUAUCAAACGGGAGAGCUGCAUGCGGAGCGUAAUGUGCUUUUGGCUGCCCUGGGCGAGAAAAUAUUAUCUGUUUUUAAUUUUAUGGGUCGUCAUUUUCCAAAAGUGGUAAUAUUGGUAGGUAAGACAAGUCUUAAAUAAAGAAUGCUAGCGAUAUUGAAAGCAUCGACUAAAACUAAAACAUGGAUGUUAUUUGGAACAAAUAAAAAUUGUUUCGAGGUUAUAAGUUGGUAUAUGAGCUUAUACUACGAGGAGAUCUGAUCUACACGGUUAGUAACGUCAUUCUACUCGAGAGUGAUUCUUCUCAACAUUCGAGUUCUCACAGAGUGAGAACAGUGAGGAUAGAAAUCUUGUGAGUUUAGUGAGGUGUCGAAUUAUCCCAUUUGGUAUGUAAGAGCGAGAUGUCACUUUACUCGUAUAAUAAGUAUAUUGGUCUAGAUAAUAUUUAUCUCAAUAAUUAUUAAUUCAAUAUCCUCACUUCGUUUUUGUCUCCCUCAUAAUUUCUGUCGUGUUGAAUAAUAAUUUGUCUUAUUUUACGAGAAGAGUGAAGUGAAAAAUGAUGGUCACGACGUACGGAAACUAAUCAUGGAAUUAAGUGAUUCGCUGUGUAAAACAAUCUGACGCUCAACUCAUUCGAAUCGAGGUUUGUCACUUGAUAGGUGAGAAUGAGAUCAUCAUGGAUCGCAUCACCAACCAUUGGUGACUCCAAGAUCUUUACAUUAUCCCACUAACCCAAUAUCCAUGACAACUGUGGAGAUGCAAAGGUAUACUCGGCCUCUAGUAACAACGGUUGUCUAACUAACAUUCCUUGCCUUCCCCGAUGAUCGUAAGGACGUGGCCGGCGCCGUUUUUUGACUUUUAAAAUUUGAGCUCUCGAUUUGUGCACAUUGAAGAAUUGUAAGCUAAUCCCAAGCCCAAUUCAUUGAUUUCCUGUGCGACUUCGAUUGUUCUGGUCAAUCACGGAGUAGCAACUACGAAUUGUACGGCCAUCUAUGCUCAUACUCAUGCUCAUGAUAGGUGAGACUGAGAUCAAUUGCUAGUACAUGAUGAGUCUCUCUGCAAUGAAUAAUUCACCCCACUCUCCUCGCAAAAUAAGACAAAUUAUCAUUCUACUCGACAGAAUUAGUGAGUGAAUCAAAUGAGAAGUGAGGAGAUUGAAACCAAGUCUUUGAAAGGAUUUAAAGCAAAUGCCUGGGAGGCUUUGAACCAUCUUCUCCUUUCUGGCGUUACGUGCCUGCUUCUCGGCUUAGUAUUCUUAUGAGCACUUCCACAAUUAUUAACUGAGACUUUUUUUUUCGUCAAUUGACUAUUGUUUGUAGGUGUAUGUUGUGUGGCAAGAUCUGAACCAAAUCUUUGCUGACUUAAUCCAUGGAUGGAUUUGAUACUGUGUUCAACAAUGACUCCCUAGUCCCUCCGAAUCACAGUUGCCGGUUUGAUAUCCACUUCGUAGUGUCAUGUAUCAUUUUAGAUGUUAUCGUUGUUAUAUGAUUAACUUAUAGCCAAAAAUUGGUCCGUGAAGUUGUGCUAAAGCAAAAUAUAUAGGUAGAGAUUAUGCACCAGCAUUCAUCGACUUCCAUACCCAUCUAAUUAAACCUGAGUUCACGAAUUCCCAGACAGUCAUAUUGAACAAAGUUUUGCUCUACAGAAUAGAUACGGCAAAGUGGUCUUAUAGAAUUACUGUAACUUUGGAAAGUGACAUCCAGUUCAUAAAUGUGUUCAUUUUAGUUCCUACUUUCUAACGUGUAAUUGGCAGCCAAAUGUCCAAUCGAUAUUAGCACUGAUUCGCGGCGCCAAAGCUCGGCCAGCACAUUUCACUCCCAACGACCAUAUCGCGAGGAUCGUUAUCAAUUAUGUAUCAUCAAUUCUCUCCUCCUGAUGGAAUCGAGAUCGAGAGAGAUUAUCAUUUAUGUGGCAACGAUAUAAUAUCGGACAAGUAAACCAAGUCAAUAAUAUCAUUGAGGAAAAAGAACUAUUUUCAUCUAAUCAAAUACCACCUUUUUAGAGUGGGAAAAGUACAUUUUUUCCUGUAUUUAUUCCCGGACAACUAUCACCGUAAAUUGUCAAUUGUUUUCUACCGGCUAUUACGAAGGCGUCUCAUAUUAAGUUUUCUUUUCGACCUUUCUUUGCUUUGUUUUAUAUCCGUGCGUACUUGUGUGGGACGCUAUCAGUCUCACAGUAGAUUGUUGCGGAGAUUUUAGCGAUGAAUGCCAUCGACUCUGAUUAAUCUGUACUAAAAUAGGAGAAACAAUCAAAAGAUUGGAGCAACUCUGCCAUCAAAUCAGAACCAGAAUAAAGCAAAGGAAUUUGAAAACGGAUAAAAUAAUAAAGGCGAAAACAAAAGUGCUUUUUGUAAAUUAUUUAAUAAAUGCAUAAGAAGUUACUCGUAAUAAGAAUAAAAGAUGUCGCGUAGAAUUUGGAAGAUUUGUUUAGGAAUAGCCGUUCCGUAACUAAGGCAAAACAACAUUAUAGAAACGAUAAGCAACAUAAUAAACAAGCCUUCCCUUCUACCACUUGAACACUCACACAAUUAAUGUGAAAAAAAAACACAUACUCGGUUAACUUGGAAACCUUAUUGACGACAAAUAAACCAAAAAAAAAUCCAAAUUUCCCCCACACUUUCCUUUCCCGUCCAAAAGCGAAAGCGCUCCUUUUGUGUCCAGCAGUGCUAAAUACAAUAAAACUAAAAAAUAACAGAACAAACAUGAUGUUAAGCAACAACAACAACACGUAAACAUGCAACAAGAGGUAGUGUUAAAGUAAUAAUCGUUCAGAAAUAAAGUAACUCUUUAAUGAAAACAAAUAAAAAUACGUGAAGAAAAUGAAAAUCAUAAGAGUGUAAGUGACAAACCAAAGACUUAUAAGUAAUUUAUAAUAAAACAAAAAAAAAAUAUGCGAAGAAAACAUAACAAGAAAAAAACAAUUAAACAUUGUGAAGAAAAAUGCAAACCUAUUAGCGACAGAGGAUCAAAUACACACUAUGAAAAAAUAAUCAAUUCAAUUGUACUGCGAAUCGAAAGAAAUAACAAAAAUCACUAUAGCUAUUAAGGAGCAAAGUAUCACUUCGAGAGACAGAGAACCUUGAAGAGUUUUGUGUGUCACAUCCUUUCUUCAAACCCCAACUCCUCCCCGUGUCCCGCUCGACGCUCCCUAAAAACAAUAGAAAUCUCAUCGAAAAAUUGAUGGCUUUGCACGGAGCGCCGUCGUUGUCGCAAUCCCGAACGAAAGGGUACUCACACGAUUCCCGCAAGAAAGUGAUAGAUAACGUGUUUUAUUCUGAAUGAUAUUUAUUAAAAAAAAAAAAACGAAAACAAUAAAGAAAACACAAAUUAACAAAGAAUAAGCCUCCGCCGGCACCGUUGACCAGAUACUAGGCGGUGCCGCGUUGUAAACGAAACGAAAUGUCUUUUUCAAAGUGCCCAUAUCACUUUCCCUGGUGCUCGUACUUGAUUUAGGUACGUGGUUCCGGUAACGGAUCGGUUCGGUACCCGACAAACAACCAAACUCAUGACCGAGGGACGACGUCGGCGGGAUCGUUACCCUUUACAAAUCCUCCUGAGGUCCUACUACCAACUAUCUUCCGUUCAGUGAAAGUCAUGUGAAACGUUCGGUAUGAAGCAUUCUCCAUUUUUGUUUGAGGAGAAAUUAUUCCCUUAAUGAAAAAAUGAAUCAAUAAACUGGGGAACAAAAUAUAUAUCUAACAAACAACAAGCGAAAAUCUAAGGGAAAAUUGUUUACGUGAUGGGGAUACGUAUCCGUACACGAUGAGUUAGAUGGAAUAGGGUCGCAACAUGGUCGUGAUUGAAGGAAUUUGGUGUCUUUAUUGAAGCUUUUUUAAUUUUUAACAAACGAUUAUUUUGUUUCCUUUUUGUACGAGGAAAGAGAGCAAUCAAGAUAAGGGAAAUGGAACAAGGUGAACGAGCAAAAAAACAGUUUAAUACACAUACACACACUGUAAAGAAACAACACGUACAUACACAUAAGAGAAAGUAAAAGAGUAACAAAUUUUGUUAUAAGUAGGAAAAAAACUAAUAAUUUUAUAUAUUGUGUUUGUAGUACGAAAACAAAAACUAAAUAAAAUGCCUAAGACUAGAAGAGAGAGAAAGAUGAAAAGAAAAAAAAAACAAAAAUAAAGAAAGAGCCGAAUAGUAAGGUAAAUCUGAAUCCAAUCCAAUCCAAUGGUAUAGAGAAAACCAAUUCAAACAUCAUUGAUG